GUGAGAGCAGGCUGGGCUUACACACAAAAAGCGCCUGCGCGUUUCCAGAAAAGCUAAGCUGCACAGACAGACAGAGGGAGAGGAAAAUAACAAACAGGGUUCUUUGUCUCAUCGUUGCGAGUGUUUCUCACCCAGAGAGAGCUCAGAUACUGUGGGAUCAGCUUACUGGCAGAGUGCACAUCGACUUCAGUGGAAACGUGGCCCCUUUUUCUCCCCCAGAGUAGCAGAAUACUUUACAACAGUAACCAGCGAGGAGUCUGUCUCUUUACCUCGGUAUCUCAGCUGUCCUUUGUAUACAAACAGUCUCCAGCUCGGGAUUGCAGACACACAUACACAUAUGUACAUACUGCAGUCUACCAUGGAGACAAAGAGGGCUCUGAGAAACGCCAGCCAACUCUGAUCACUCAGGAGAAGCAGAUCGACCCGUUAUUACAAAAAAAAAUGUACGAAAAGGCAUCGGCGGAGACAGAGAAACAGCCCCUGGACAUGGCAGGAGAGAGGGAUGCUUUCUGGUCUGACUGCCCAGAGAUCUGCCCUGCUCCAUCCAAUCCCUAAUCGGAACCUCCCUGGCGUGGCUGAGAACUGGGAGAGAGGAAUUCAGAUAAACCAGAGCACCAAAUAAUUUCAGCAAAUCAAAACAAAAGAAAUAUUGAGAGGAGAGGCGAUGGAGAGUGUGGGGAAAUUCGAAUUCAACCGGCAGGAUCUGAUCGGGCAUGGGGCUUUCGCUGUAGUUUUCAAAGGCCGUUACAUCGAGAAACACGAUUGGGAAGUUGCCAUUAAAUGUAUCAACAAGAAAAACCUAGCAAAGUCACAAACCCUUCUGGGAAAAGAAAUUAAAAUAUUGAAGGAACUGAAACAUGACAAUAUUGUGGCGUUGUAUGACUUUCAGGGGGUGGUAAUUAGGAUCAACAGAGGAACUACGAAGAGCAGAGGAAAAUGACCUAUACAGUUUAUACAAAACGAACGGGGACUGAAUGAGCACAGUCCACAGAUUUCUCAGCAACAAACCCAAACAAGCAGAUAAAACACGUUCAGCAACCCUAGCCAC